AUGAGCGAGGAGCACUGUGACCCUAAGAAAGAGGUUACCGGCUCAGAGUCGAAAUCAGGCGCUAACGGCGAUCGUUCAGAAAGUCCGGGCGCUGGCGGCAAUGAAAACGGUUCCGGUCGCGAUCGUGAGGACGUUUGCCGCGAUUUCCUUAAGAACAUUUGCAAUCGCGGCUCACGCUGCAAAUUCUUCCAUCCCACCGACAGCAAGCAGCGCACUGAAGAUAUGAUCAAUUUCUGCAUCGACUUCCAGAAUCGCGGCUGCAUGCGCGACAACUGCCGCUUUGUGCAUGCGUCGCGCGAAGAAGUGGAACGGUACAAGCACACGCGCGAAGUGACGCUACCACUUGCGCGAGCCAUCGCAGCUGUUACUCAAGGCGACACCAUCGCGGGAAUUCCAGUCUGCAAGGAGUUUCAAUCAGGAAAAUGUGCUCGCGGCGCGCAGCGCUGUCGCUACUGGCACGUGAAUGUAGAAGAGGAGCGCGAACGACGACUGCGUGGGCUCCCUCCAUCAGGUGGGCCUCUUGGAAGAUACGGCGGGGCACCUGGUGGACGUUACGGUGGAUCAGGUGGUCCAAUGUAUGGUGUACCACCACUAGGUAUGCGACGAUCAGGCCCUCCUCUUGAUGGACCGUACGAGAAGAGAUCCCGCAUGGAGGAAGGCCGUGUAACUGAGCUAGAGCGUAAGAACGCAGAGCUUUCGAAGGAAGUGGAAACAUUGAAACGAGAACUGCAGCGUGAGCACGAACGUUACGAGGACCUGUAUGCGCUUUUCCGUCAGCAAAGUGGCGGUGCAGCUGCCGCUCCCUCGAAAUCCGCUGCGCAACCCGGCUAUGGCGGAGUAGGCGGCGGCGGCUAUGGAAAUUGGAACGCUGGCGGUGGCUGGCAGUAA